UCCAGAGCGCUAGCCCCAACCAUUCUCCCGCGCGGCUGAUGAUGAGGAGGAGGAUGAGGAGGAUGCUGUCAGUCUGCGGGAACUGAACCGUCGCUGGCCGCUCCUGCAGCGCGGCUGCGCCACCUGUGCGCUGCGGUUUUCCUCUGGAAGUGCGGGAUUUGUGGAAUAAUGGAUGUUUUUUGUUUGUUGUGGAUACUUCCGUCGGUGUGGGCCGCCGAGGAGGUACUGAUGGAUUCAACAACAGCUACAGCAGAACUGGGCUGGAUCAUCUACCCGUCGCAAGGGUGGGAAGAAGUUAGCGGAUAUGAUGAAAAUAUGAGUACUAUCCGCACAUACCAAGUAUGCAACGUCUUCGAUAACAGCCAGAACAACUGGAUUCGCACCAAGUACAUCCGUCGACGUGGUGCUCAGAGGAUCCAUGUCCUGAUGAAGUUUUCAGUUCGGGACUGCAGCUCCAUACCCAACGUUCCUGGCUCCUGUAAGGAGACUUUCAACCUUUAUUACUAUGAGUCUGACUCUGACGUGGCAACUAAAACCUUCCCUCCAUGGAUGGAGAACCCCUGGGUGAAGGUGGACACUAUAGCAGCUGAUGAGAGCUUUUCUCAUGUUGACCUUGGUGGACGCAUCAUGAAAAUUAAUAGUGAGGUUCGCAGUUUUGGUCCUGUUUCACGUAGUGGGUUCUACCUUGCUUUCCAGGAUUAUGGAGCUUGCAUGUCUCUCAUUGCUGUUCGAGUCUUCUACAGAAAAUGUCCAAGAGUUGUCCAGAACGGUGCUGUUUUUCCUGAAACUUUGUCUGGAGCAGAAAGCACCUCUUUGGUGGCAGCCAGAGGAGUUUGUGUUCCCAACGGGGAGGAGGUGGAUGUACCCAUCAAGUUGUAUUGUAAUGGGGAUGGAGAGUGGAUGGUUCCUAUUGGACGCUGCAUGUGCAAAGCUGGGUAUGAGGCUCUGGAAAAUGGCACAGUCUGCAAAGCAUGUUUGUCAGGUUUUUUCAAAUCUGCCCAGGGAGAUGACAGAUGUCGCCAGUGCCCCAUCAACAGUCGAACAAUUCAUGAAGGAGCCACAAACUGCAUUUGCCGGAAUAGCUACUACCGCACGGACUCUGAUCCUCCCCAGAUGCCUUGUACCACCAUUCCAUCAACUCCACAAAAUGUCAUCUCGAUAGUAAAUGAGACUUCUCUAAGAUUAGAGUGGAACCCACCACAAGAAAGUGGUGGCCGAGACGAUGUGGUCUACAAUAUCAUAUGCAAGAGCUGUGGCAGUGGACGUGGACUCUGCACCCGCUGUGGAGACAAUGUCCAAUUUGUUCCACGUCAGCUAGGACUCACCAACACCCAAGUCUACAUCAGCGACCUUCUGGCUCACACCCAAUACACCUUUGAAAUACAAGCUGUCAAUGGAGUAUCUGACCAGAGCCCUUAUUCACCACAAUAUGCAUCUGUCAACAUCACUACCAAUCAGGCUGCACCAUCAGCAGUAUCAAUCAUCCAUCAGGUCAGCAGGACACCUAACACCAUCACUCUGUCCUGGUCCCAGCCCGACCAGCCCAAUGGUGUUAUCUUGGACUAUGAGCUGCAGUACUAUGAGAAGAACCAGGCUGAAUGGAACUCAUCUCUAAUAAGGAGUCAAACGAAUACAGCAGUCGUACAAAAUCUUAAGCCCGGGAGCAUCUACGUCUUUCAGGUUCGAGCUCGGACUGUCGCUGGAUUUGGACGUUUUAGUGGCAAGAUGUACUUCCAAACCAUGACUGAUGAGGAAUAUAACUCCACUAUCCAGGAGAAGCUUCCCCUCAUUAUUGGCUCCUCUGCAGCAGGAGUCGUCUUCAUCAUUGCCAUCACUGUUGUCAUAACAGUUUGUCGCGGCAGGAGAAACUCUGACCGACCAGAAUCCGAGUAUGCCGACAAGCUCCAACAUUACACCAGUGGCCACAAAGUGUCACCAGGAAUGAAGAUCUACAUUGAUCCCUUCACGUAUGAAGAUCCCAAUGAAGCAGUCAGAGAGUUUGCUAAGGAGAUUGACAUUUCCUGUGUCAAGAUAGAGCAAGUGAUUGGUGCAGGAGAGUUUGGGGAGGUUUGCAGUGGAAACCUCAGACAGCCAGGAAAGAGAGAGAUUCUGGUGGCAAUUAAGACGCUAAAGGCAGGCUACACGGAACGGCAGCGACGGGACUUCCUGAGUGAAGCCUCCAUCAUGGGCCAGUUUGAUCACCCCAACAUCAUUCAUUUGGAGGGAGUAGUGACCAAGAGCAGUCCUGUUAUGAUCAUCACAGAGUUUAUGGAGAACGGAUCCCUGGACUCCUUCCUCAGGCAAAAUGACGGGCAGUUCACCGUAAUCCAGCUGGUGGGAAUGCUGCGAGGCAUAGCAGCGGGGAUGAAAUACCUGUGUGACAUGAACUACGUUCAUCGGGACCUGGCAGCCAGGAACAUCCUCGUAAACAGCAACCUGGUGUGCAAGGUAUCCGACUUCGGCCUGUCACGCUUCCUAGAGGAUGAUACUUCAGACCCAACUUACACAAGCGCUCUGGGAGGCAAGAUUCCCAUCCGCUGGACGGCUCCAGAAGCCAUUCAGUACAGGAAGUUCACAUCAUCGAGUGACUGCUGGAGUUACGGCAUAGUCAUGUGGGAGGUGAUGUCUUAUGGAGAGAGGCCAUACUGGGACAUGAGCAAUCAAGAUGUCAUCAAUGCCAUCGAGCAAGAUUACCGGUUGCCUCCUCCUAUGGAUUGUCCGAGUGCGUUGCAUCAGCUGAUGCUAGACUGCUGGCAAAAAGAUCGCAACAACCGACCCAAAUUUAGUCAGAUUGUCGCCAACUUGGAUAAGAUGAUUCGUAACCCCAGCAGCUUGAAGGCCAUGACACCUCAGUCAUCAAGCGUUCACCUACCUCUGCUGGAUCGCAGCACUCCAGACUUCUCCUCCUUCGGCUCAGUGGAUGACUGGCUUGACGCCAUCAAGAUGGGCCAGUAUAAGGAAAACUUCAGCAGUGAGGGGUUCACCAGCUUUGAUGUGGUGUCCCAAAUGGCCAUGGAGGACAUCCUUCGUGUAGGAGUGACGCUGGCUGGACAUCAGAAGAAGAUCCUUAACAGCAUCCAAUCCAUGAGGGCACAGCUGAACCAGAUAACCUCUGUAGAGGUGUGACCUCGUGGACCAGUUUUAUUUGUCAUACAAGGCCCAGCAGUUGCAAAGUUGAUACUCACCUGAACCUUUGUGGAGGAUUUGUGGCUUGCAAAAUAGACUGUGACUUCAUCAAACCUCAGGUUCGGCCCCCUCCCUUCAGAUUCUCCUUGUGAUGUCUGUGCAGCUGCUGCGUCUUCAGGUUAUGACCACAAGUGGGGGCCCCUCCAUGUAGCUCAUCGCAGUCAUGCUGGACUCUAGAAGCGACAUCACCAAUCUCAAGAAAGUUUGCUCUUCAAUGUUGACAUCUUCUGAACAAGACACAUCAUUGUAAAUGUGAAUAUGACAAAACUGUAAAAACAGGACAACCCCACGAGUCUCAAGCCCAUAAUGGUGUUAUCUGUUCUGCACAUUUCUAUAUGAAGCCAUCCCAACCCCAACUAAUAACUCUGUCAGCCACGUCAGCUGUUUAGGGCAGAGUUCCCAACUGCCUCUCAUCAAACCACCUUUUGAUGUUGUUUAUGACAAACUUACUUCAUCUGCAUGAACAUUUGCUGUCACCACAAGUCAACAUUAAACCCAGUAGUCAGGAGAAUCUGUAGAUCCCCUGUUGUGUUGGUAGAACUGUGACCCAUCAGAACCUAAAGAGAGUCCUUUCAUCUCCUGUGGAUUCCUCUAGUCUGUUUAGCCUUGUCCCUGCACAUACCUGUAACUCGUUUCUCCUUGGGGAAGUUUGAAGGUCAUCUCAUCUUUUUGCUUCCCAAGCAGGUCCUAAACAAGUUUUUUAGUGCCUUGACAACUUGUUCUGUUUGGAAAAGCUGCUGUCAGAUUCAGGUGGGUUGGUUUCUUCAGAUAGACUUUCGGUUAAGUAAAAUUGACCUGGAGAUUUUUAGAGUCGUGGUGCUUUUGGAGGUGCAUGGCCUCAAACAAACUGAACGCACAGAGGUACUGAGGAUCAGCCUGAUCAUGAUUUGGGUGGGAUUAGCUGCCCAUAUGCCUUCUCGUCAACUUUUUCCAAGCUCACAUCUGUACUUUAUUAAAAACACCAUGGUGUCAGGAAUCCAAUGCACAGAUCAGAAGAAUCUGGAAAACUGUAAUUUGGGUCAUACUCUCUUCCUGAAAAUGCACAAGGUAACAGUGGAGAGGAAUGUCUAUUUUCACAGCAAAAAGCCCCAUGAAGAAGUAGAACUACUACCUCAACAAGGUGGAGGGGGAGAUGACAUGACAUCACUGAGACCAGCCACAGUCCUUUUCACAGAUUUGGUCUGAGGGGAAAAUCAGCGGUUUAGAAAAGUUUCCUCUGUAAUCAAACACCUAUACUGUUUGUGAUUUGGCUCUAGAUCACUCUCAGCAUAACACAAGAGGGGAAUACACUCAUCCAUUUGAGCUGAAAGACAGUUUGGUCCUCAUAAAUACUUUCACUAAACCAUCAUCUGUAUAAAAUGUGGACCCUGUCUACAAUAUAGAAUAACAAUACAGUGAAUUAAAAAACCAUUACUCAUUUGUUUUAUUCACAUAACAAUUCUAAAAGAAUAUUUUAAACUGGCAUAUUUUAGAUUUUUACAAAGAUUUUGCUGACAGAAACUUGUUUUUUUUUUAUGUAAAAAAGGACUUUCAGCAUCCUGGUGUAUCAGCUCCUCCUUUACUGUGACGGCACUUUUGCUUCCACAAAGCAUUUUCCCGUGAUUUGCAUUUGUUUGAACAAACAAAGUUAUUAGUUGACUGACAGUUUAGAAUGAGAGUCAAUCAUUCCAUAACUGACACUCAUAGCACGGUAAUUACACAAUGGCUUGAGUGCAAGAGUAUACUGACAGAUUUUUCCACUGUCUUUAUGGUGUUAUAGUGAGAUGGAUCAAACUUUACUGAUUUCAUAAAGAAACAAGAUUGUGAUUAUGUUCACACCCACCUCAAGUACCAAAUAAAAGAUCUCAAUCUUGAUAGGAAAUUCAUCUCUAAAGCAUAUCUACAUAUUUUCAAACAACUGCCAGUUUUUAUGUUUCGUGGUAUAUUUUGAAUAAUCUGAAUUAUAAUAUCUUUCACCAGCUGUUGACAUCAUUGUUUGCUGCAAUUUCUCCCCUCCCCUUACAAAUUAUUAAAGUAAAAAGAAAACCACCACCUGAUCUGUAGAAAAUACAGAAACCAUUUUGUUUUUGCAAAUAAUAUGCAAAAUAUUUUCAAUCUUAACAUUUUGAGUUAAGAAAUGUAUGGCGAGUAUGAGCGUAGCCCGUUGGUGUUUACACGAUGAAGUCUUGGAAAUAAAUUGAUAAAUCUCACAUGUCCAACCCCUAAUAAACCCCAUUCAGAAUUUUAACUUAUUUCAAACAGAAAAUGAGCAUUCAUUUAUUGGGAAUAAAACAAUCUUAGAGCUUCAAACCCAGGGGAAUACUAUAGUACAUAAAGGGAACCUGAGGGAUUUUUUUGGGCAAGUUUGAAAAUCCAGUGUCAGAGGGACAGGAGGAGUUGAGAGAUCUGAAGGAAGCAAAAAAUCAAAGAUGUAGGGGGAGCAGAAGGGCAGCCUCAACAAUGACAGCCUAAGGAGUGUGGAAGUCAAAAUAUUUGAAACUUGGUGCUUAUCGGCUCAUCGAUUUAGGAAAGGAAUCAGGAAUGAUCGAAGGUUAAAUUGUUUUUUCUUCCUGAGUGAUAUUGGACCUUCAGCAGGUUUACACUGCAUUGUGUUAUUUAGAAUAUGACUGAAACCUUUUCACACAUGUGAACAUAGUCAUUCCUAAACUAAAAGAAUCAGUGCAAAUAAAAAUUAAUUUAUAAAAUUCUGCAUUCAUAAGUGUAGCAGGGGCUUCUUCAUUUCACGUUCACGUUAGGCCAAUGGGGCAUUCAACUCAACACUUCUUGACCUCUUACAGAAAAAACUGAUGGUCACAUGAAUCGACCUGGAAUAACUCAUACUAAUGGCAUAAAUUGAUGAUAAGGUGCUGUCUCAAUCCUCGCUGUGCUCAUGUACAUAUGUACUUACUCCCUAGCACCACACUUAAGAGUUUACCUUGGCUUUGCCAGAAAUAUGCUCUUUGAGCUUCACAGGACCUUUACUUUCUUGGGCUACGUUCACACUGCAGGCUGAAACGACCCAAUUCCGAUUUUUUUGCCCCUAUGCCACCUGUAUCUGAUCUUUUCAUGACAGUCUGAGCGACACAGAUCCCAUCUUUUAAAAUGCGCAACCGGGCGGUUUUUGAAAAAAUUUCCUGCGAAAUGGCUGAGCGUGGUGUUGAACCUUUCCCGUGAUGACUUCUUUUUUUCCCUUUCCGACCG